AAAAGGAAAAGGGGGGAAAAACUAAAAAAUGGUCAAAAGAUGUGAAUCUGAAUUGACUCUGACUCUAACCAGUAAUGUGACCUUGAUCAGGUCACCCAAGCCUGGUUUCCUCAUCUGCUGUAUGAGGAAAUACACUAAAUUAAGGAUCCCUUCUAGCUCUGACAGUCUAUAAUUAUAAAAUCCUCCCCUUAAGUUAACCUCAUCCCUAGAAAAUAUUGCUGAAGAUCAUUAAACUAAAGAUUUUAGGAGGAGUGGUGUUUUCUUUAUUCCUGCUUUCUAAAGAUAAAGGAUACAGAAGAUAUAAGAAUGUCUGGGAGUUGAGAAGUAAUUGAUUCUGCCUCAGGAAGCUCUCAAGUGAAAUUCCAAAAAUAUAAACAAACAGCUUCAGUAAGGAAGAAGGAGAGAAGACACCUGAGUGAUGAAGAGGACACAUUCUGAAAGACAUUUCACUCCUCCCAUGGUGAGUGACCACAGGUGCAGAAUCCCAUUAUCUCUGCAUCAAUUGGCCUUCUUAAACUAAAACAUUUCUUUAAAUAGGAAUAUCAGGAAAUAAAUGUGGAAAAAAAGAAAAACCCAUUCAUUAUAAAAGCUUUUAAAAAUGGAGAGAUCAAUGUGACUACAAUAUGGAAAUAAGGAUUGAAUGUAUAUUGUCGUGAUAGAUUUUAUAGACUUCUAUUUAGUAUCUAACUUAGCCUUUCGAUUCCAUGACCACCACUCUGUUUAAGCAGCCACCUGAAUUACUGUAAGAGCUUUCUCUUUUCCUUGCUGCCUCUUCCCAGUCUUCAUCUUUCUCUUCCAUCCUUCUGGAACCUCUGCUCUGCAACCUUCUAAGCCACAAAUCCCAGAAGGUCAGAUUGUUCUCAAACUCCUAUUCUGUUGUUAUUAAUAAAUAAAAUUCUCUUUAUCUUACUUUUUCCUUCUUGUACUCAUGAAAACUUGAUAUUGGCUGCCACUCUUUGGUCCUCAUUGAUGCUUCUAGACAUUCCCCUUGCUAUCAUUGCAAGUCACAUCAUUUAAGGUUCAUUCCAUUUGCCUAGAUAACUCAGACCAGACUCUGAAGAGGCCCUAUAUUGCUCUAUCUUCCCUUCCCACUGAGCUCAUUCUCCUUAACAAAUUUUCCUUGGUGUUCAGAGCUCUGCCCUACAUACUCCAUCCACCUUCUUUCACUAAAGGACUUCCCCAGAGCAUACUGCAUCCCCAUCCAUUGUCCCACUGUCCCCUUGGUACUGAGUACUGGGCCAGGCACAGGAGAAGUAAGCACAUUUCUUUCUCCUCACUGCCAACUUAAAGACUCUCCCUCUACUGCCAUUAUCCAUCAACCUCUUCUUUGAAGAUAGAGUCUUCCUGGUAAGGAAUGCCUUAGAUCAAAUCAAACCUUAGCAAUAGCUAGAUUCCUGGGCAAGUCAUUUAACCCUUGUUUGCCUUAGUUUCCCCACAUCUGUAAAAUGAAGAUAAUAAUAGCACCUACUACUUCCCAGAGUUGUGAGGAUCAAGUUAGAUAAAAAUUGUAAAGCACUUAGCACAAUGUCUGGUACAUAAUAAGCACUAUAUAAAUGUUAGCUAUUAUUAUUAAAUAACAACACUAAUAAUAAUUUACAGUUUGCAAAAGACUUUAUAUACAUGUUUUCAUUUAUGCUUCAACAACAUCUAUAUGAAACAAGUCUACAUUGACUUUAAAAAAACUAUUCCUGCUUUAUAAAUAGGGAGACUGAGGCAAAGAUCAAAUGAUUUUCCAAUUAUUACUAAGCUUAAAAAAAUGUCUAAGGAACAUGAAUCCAGCCCUUCUUGAAUCUGCCUUUCUUCUUUUCUCAAGGAGCUUAACACAUGGCUCAAUAUCAUCCUUUCCAUCCCAGCCACUUCCCUCUUACUCAGGGACUUUAAAAUUCUCUUAAACCCAAAGGACUCACUCUGAAGAGCCUCCUUGUCAUUAACCAAAAGUAUCUGACCUGUACUUUAACCACAUCCUCCUCUCUUCACUCCAGGAUUUGGCAUUCAGGAAAGUUCGAGAAGCCUAGCAGAGGAAGAAAAGGUCCUCUGGAUGGUUAAUCAUGAAGGAUAAGGAGGGUUGUCACUCUGGCCCAUGUGUGAUCACCAGGCUGCAUCAAUCCCCCAGGGCAGGCUCUGAGGGAGAAGAGAAGGAACCCUUGACAAGAAGCCAACAGGCAAGUUUCCCAGGGCUCUGUCCUGGGCUGCUUUCUAUUCUUUGUAUUUUUUCCUCCUUUAGGAUUCUCACUAAUUUCCAUAGUUUCGAGUAUUCUUUAUGCAGAUUCCUCCUUAAAUCUAUCUCCAUCACCUUAAUGUUUCUUGAAUUCAAGUCUCUUAUCACCAAUAGCCUAAUGAACACCUAUUUCUGGAUGCCCCAUAGCCAUCUUAAACUCAACAAUUCCCAAAAUAGAAUUCACUAUCUUCUCUCCUAAACCUUCCUCUCCACAUUUUUCCAGUUUCUGUUGAAGGGCCUAGGUUUGUGAUUCCACUGUCAUCUUUUAAUCUUCCCUCUCCUUCACCAUUCCAUCAGUUGCCAGGUUCCAAUUCAAUUCAUUCCAAUUCAAUAAUAUCUCUCAUUUCUAUCUCCUCACUCUACUUGGCUCCUACUUCAGGUUCUCAUAACCUCUGACCUAGACUGUUACAAUAACCUUCUAAUUGGUCUCCCUGCUUCUGAUCUCUUGAUUCUUCCAUCCAUUUUCCUCAUAGCUGCCAAAAUAUAUUUACUAAGAUGAAAGUCUGACCUCCUAAGUAAGGAUGCGAACACUCUUCUCAAAAAUCUUCAGUGAUUUCCCAUUGCCACUAUGAAACAGCAAUGUCAUCAGGCCCAUAUUCAAAGCUUUUUCAAGUGAUAGAAUACCCGAGAGCCUGGGCUCUACCACCAUAACCCAGCCUUCCAGAAUAUAAGAUCACCCUUGCGUCAUCUUUUGAUGGGGCAAGAGAAAAGGACAUUAGAGGAGGAACAUAUACAAAACCAAGCAUAUUCUGUUUCCUCCUCAGCUGCUCCUCUUUUUGAUUUCACUAUUAUUGUCACUGGCACUGCCAGUCACCUAUAUUCAUGGCCAUGGAGUUUUCCUCAACCCAUUACCUCAGUCAGCUGGGAAAGAAACAGUAGGCUUAGAAUCAAUAGUGUUUGCCAACUGAUUGGGUGUGAGUGUUGAAGGAGAGAAGAGUUGAAAGUAUAACCCUAGAUUGUAUGAGGGGUGUAUAGCUAAAGGGGUGAGUGGGUGGUGAGGAAAGGAGGUGGAAAGCCAGUCUUUCUCCUCAUUGCCACUUACAGACUGUUUGGCAGUGAAGGAAAGGAAAGAAAUUGGAUGACAGCUUGAAGGUGGGGUUAGGACCAAAGAAGGAGUUUUUAGGUUAGAGAAGAUUUGAUCAUAUUUGCAGAAUGGAAGGAAAAAGGAAACGGAGAUGAAGACAGAGAGGGGCAGAGAGAGAAAGACAAAGGCAGAGAGAUAGAGACCCAGCGAGCUCCCGGGGGAGCCAGGCAGGAAUAGAAUCAAGGACAUAGUUGGUUCUCCUAGCAAGAAGGGCCACUUCUUCCUCUGAGACCAGAGCAAAGGAAGAGUAAAUGGAAGGAGAUGCAGGGAUGAGGAAAAGGGUGUCUGCUCUGUAUGGAGACCAAAAAAUGACAAAAGGAGGUAGAAGUCUAGGGUGGUUAUGGGAGGGGUAAGAGGACUGAGGAAGUGUCCCCCUCCCCCACUUAUGGAACCUCUUUCCUGAGUGGUAGCCCCAGUCACCAUGGUGAUGGCAGGACUGGACUGAAUUCACUUAUCUGAAGAAGGAAAGAGUCUCUUGCCGUCCCCCUACUGUGGGGCCCCAGGUGGGGGGCGGCAACUAGGGCCAUGCCUGUGCUCCUGCAUCCCCUGGAGCCUGAGUCUGAGGACCGGGUGGGUGCCCCAGAAUGGCGACAAAAUAUUCGGAAUAAAGUGAAUGCUGCCCAGCAGCUGGCAGAUCGAUGCAGCACCAAGGCAGUGUCCUUAUGGCAGCCUCGCGACAGCGCCUCAUUUCCCAACAUUGCCAACAAACAGUGUCGGAAAACUUACAUGGCCCCCUGGCGUUUCCGUGUGGAGAUGCUCAAGGGUGGCGGCACAGUGGAGCAGCCUCCCCCCGCAGAUGGGGUCACCCUCUGGAAGGAGAAGCUUAAACCCCCCGCGUGGAAGGCAAACGUCCCCCUGCCACUGAACAGGGAUGCCAGGACCAUACAAACUAAUGAAUACAUCCAGAACUACGUGCGAGGCGUCAGGCUUUUGGCCGCACGCCUGCGCCAGGCAGAGCAGGAGGUCAAUUCGAUGCUCCAGACAGUCCUUCGGCAGAGAGAGAUCAUAGACCAAAGGCUCAGUGAUAUCCGAAAGUCUUUGCUCAUCAAUGAGCAGAGCAGGAAAAUGCGGAGCUACCGGCCAUCCUCAGAACAGAUCCCAGACAAAGUUGACUCUCUGGUUUUGUGGGAGAAAGAGGAGCUGCGGACCCUGAAAAGGAGAAUGGAAAAGGACAUGGAGGCCUCAGAGACCUUUCUCAGGGCCCUGGCCAAAUCCCGUGAGAAUCUGAAAACUUGCUGUGAAGAGAGGCUCCAGGCGGUGGAUCUCAUGAACCACUGCUUCGAUUCAGUGCUGUUGGAGGCUGGGCGCCAGUCCUGGAUCGAUAUCAGCCGACUACACACUCCUAAGGUGCAGGGUACUGCCAGCCCACCAGUUGACCCUUUGGGGGUCAACCCCCCAGAGUGUAACUUGGCUCUGACUGAGGCCAAACGACUAAUUAGUGAUGGAAAAACAAUGCUGGCGAACUUCGUAAAGAGCCAGAAUCAUGCCCACAUCUGGCAAAUGCACAUCAACAAGACUGUGGGGAGUACUUUGAACCGAAAGAUGCAAGAAACCACACAACUCAACGAUAGGUUGAAAAUAAUGUCUGGGCUCCUUCGAGGGACCAUCCACCGAUGCAACAAGUUCAAGCAUGAGAUGUCUAUCACCCAGGGACUCAAUAAGGGUCCUUUGUGUCACACUCACCUUUCGGCCCGAGAGAAACUGGAUAGACCUAUGGUUCGUGUUUUCCAAAGGCAUGUUGGCACCCAGCUUCCAGAAGCCAGUCACCUUUCUAUGGACAGUGAGAAGCUGAAGCACUACACCAACAAGUUGCAGGAGGAUCUGGACAAACUGAACACUACUAGGAACAACCUGACUGCUUCCCUGCGCAACAAGGACACUGGGCGCAACGUGGAUUAUGACGUGCUGCGCCUGCGCAUUCGCCAUAGCCAUCCUCACGUAUCCUACGAACAAGCCCAGCGCUUGAGUUUUGACUGACCACCCCCACCCCCGACCCCGACCCUAACCCCGAUCCUAACUGUUACACACACACCCCCAACCAAUAAAAAAUCAGGCUGAAAAUGGAAA